AUGAAUUUGAAUUUGAAGAAUUUCCCAACACUCUCCACCGAUAUUGAAGGCGGACUCACGAUUGGCGCCAAAAUAUUUGAACCUCCAUUAGUGAAUCGAAUUUUGAAUGCAUUCAAUAAUUUGUAUCAUCAUCCUGUGAAUUCAAGAAUUUCCUAUAACAGAAGAUGUUUUAAAAUUAUUGACAAAUUGAAGGCAUUCUUUGAUGAAUCAUCACCCGCAGACAUUAUUCUCAACUUUUAUGGAUCAUCGAUUAGAGAUGGUACAACACUUGAAGAGGAUGAAGCACACGUGUUGUUACAUCUCUUUAAAAAGUAUCUCUUAUAUUCCAGUGAUCAAGUGAAAAGAACAUAUAUCAUUUACUUUUCUAAAAUGUUUAUUAAUAAUAGUGAAACUAUAUUCAGAAGAUCAUUAUGUGAAAUUAUUGAACAAUUAGCUCAUGGUUUUAAUAGUGAAACAUUGAAAUUCACUUCAAGAAUAAUUAAUGGUUUAAACGCUCAAGAAGAUUCUCAUCUCACUCAAAUGGACACUACGAGUCGUGUUAAAGUCUUUAAUGAGAUUUUAGAACACAAAUCAUUUAUUACUACACAAUUAGGUGAAAUUGAAUUGUAUCCUAUUGUUGGUAAUUUACUCUUCUUUUUGAAUCAUAAGGAAUGGAUUCUCAGAGAUGGAGCAUGUAAAGCUCUUAUUCAUGUUCUCAUUGACGCCAUUGUCAUGGGAAGAAAGAGAAGUACCAUGAUCACUACAACCGUAGCUCUUGGUACGAAUAGUGGUACGACGAAUGAUGGUACGAAUAGUGGUAGGAAUGAUGGUACGACGAAUAGUGGUACUCUUGGUACUACCACAACUCCCACAACUACUACUACAAAUCUUUCAGAAAUUGUCAAAACACUUCUUUUUUAUGUGAAGAGAGGAGCAUUUUCAUCCAAAUUAUUAGAUCGAAAUGAAAACAUGAUGGUCUUUGCUAAAUUACUCGAUGUCAUGGAUGAAUUGAAAGAUUCAAAACCAUUCUCUCAACCUUUGAAUUUAAUCUCUGAUCAAAAUAUGAAUAAGAAAUUACAAGGAGUUCAAUCCAUUUGUUCAUUAAUUACUCCUUUAGAAUCAUGUUCCAUUCCACAAUCAUGUAUUUAUGAUAUUGUUGCACCACUUGUUUAUGAAUUAAUGGUCAUUUCCGAUAAGAAUAUUCAAGAAAUGAUUAAGGGACUCGCUGUCUAUCUAGUAACUCGAAUGGAUUGGAAUUAUUCACAUCCCAUUCUCAAUCAAUUUGUAACCAUGAUGGGUGGAUAUGGUAUGAAAAUAUUGUCAAAAAGAAAAAAGAUGGCAUUGGAUAUUAUUUGUCAAAUUGUAGAUGUCUUUCCAUUUGAAAAGAUGCAUCAAAGAGAUGAUGAAAUGAUGGAUGAGAGUGAUGAUGAAUUUGAGAAGGAAGAUGAUGAUGAAUUUGAGAAGGAUAAUGAACAGAAAAAAGAUGAAUUGGAGAAGCAAGAUGAACAGAAAAAAAGAAAAAUGAUGAUGCACUUGAAAAGAAUGAUGAAAAGAAACAUGACAAUGGUAAAAACAAGCAUGAUGAUACACUCGAGAGUGAUUCACUCAUGA